AUGCCGCGCACGCCAGUGGACAACCUCGUUCGACUGUACCCCUUGAGCAUCAGCGAGUUUCCAUACCAUCCCGCCUUCCGUGACGCACAGCGCUCCAGUGACGCUCCUGAUCUCACCACCUUCAUAAAAGCAGUCCUUGACCAAGCCAUUGCAUUCGUCGACGAUAAUACUCUCCUCGGGACCUUCAGCGCAUGGGGCGAAAAAACCUCACCACCUGCGACAGCCACGGUUUAUCAGCUAUCGCGCACAAUCAAGCCUUCCGAGCUGUCCAGCAGCAGACGCAGUGUUAAAAAAGAAGCAUGGUUCGCGCGUCGUAGCACUCAUGCCAACCGUCGCGAGAAAGGGACCGCAGACUGGGCUGAGUUCGAUAGCGGGCUGAGGGCUGAUCACAUGAACCAUGAGAUGGAGUAUACGCCGAAUGUCCUUGACGCUCACAAGGUUGUAGACUGGGAGCAAGAGCUCGCUGAUAGUGGCCGUAACUGGCUGAAGGAAAAUGGGUAUGAGGAGGCUAGCAUGAGCAUAUACGAGAUGCAUCACCACAUGCCCUUUCCGCUGUACAACCGCGUCUUUCCCGUCUUGGCUGUCCACGCCCGGACCUCGAAAUCCUCAUUCGUAGUAGUACAAUUGCCGGUCGAUCUCACCCAGCUGCCCCAAAACCCAUCCAACGGCGUGCUCUAUAGCAAUGCUAGAAAUCGCCGUGACGGUGACUCGGCAGUACAGCGGAAGAGGGUAGUGCUGGGACAGUAUGUGAGCAUUGAAAGGGCGACUACAGAGGACGGUAAUAUAUCGUGGAUUAUGGCGACUGCGAGCGACGCUAAGGGCUGGCUGCCGAUGUGGUUGCAGAAGUUGGGUGUGCCAGGUGCGAUUGUGAAGGACGUUGGAUACUUCAUGGAGUGGACUGCGAAAAGGAGGAACAGUGGGGCAUGA